CGGCGCUGCGUCCAGAUCGCUCGUGUCGGGCCGACGCUCGUUUCCUCGCUCGGUGCUCGGCCUCCGCUGGCGACCGGCGACCCCUCCGCAGCUCGAGUCCCCGGCCACCGCAGCGCGCCUACCCCCGACCCCCUGUCCCGCGAAGAUGGCUGCCGUACGCCGGGCCCGCAGUUACUGCCGCUGCUUGGUGCGCUUCUCCGACCGAGAACUCUGCUAAACCCCGCUGCAGCAGACGGACAGGAGUAGACACCGGGCAGCCGCCACCCCUCUGGGAGCCGGGCGCGGGGAGCCCCUCGAUUGGGCCGGCCGCCCGCCAGCAUGGCAGAAGCGGAGGAAGAUUGUCAUUCUGAUGCCGUCAGCGUGGGUGAUGAUGAAAAUGAUCCUGCGGAGAGAGACCUGCAGGCACGUCUCCAGAUGUUCAGAGCUCAGUGGAUGUUUGAACUGACCCCAGGUGUAGGUUCUAGUAAUUUAGAAACUCGGCCUUGCAGAGCAGGAAGAGGCUCCAUACUGAAAGCAGCUGCAGACUCCAAAGGAAGGCAGGAACUGGCAAAGGAAGAAAAGGCUCGAGAACUCUUCCUGAAAGCAGUAGAAGAAGAACAAAACGGAGCUCUCUAUGAAGCCAUCAAGUUCUACCGUAGAGCUAUGCAACUUGUACCUGAUAUUGAGUUCAAGAUUACUUAUACCCGAUCUCCAGAUGGUGAUGGCGUUGGAAACAGCUACAUGGAAGACAGCGAUGAUGGCAGCAAGAUGGCAGAUCUCUUGUCGUACUUCCAGCAGCAGCUCACAUUCCAGGAGUCUGUGCUCAGACUGUGUCAGCCUGAGCUGGAGACCAGUCAGACUCACAUAUCAGUCCUGCCUAUGGAGGUCCUGAUGUACAUCUUCCGAUGGGUGGUUUCAAGUGACUUGGAUCUCAGAUCGUUAGAGCAGUUGUCACUGGUGUGCAGAGGAUUCUAUAUCUGUGCCAGAGACCCUGAAAUAUGGCGUCUGGCUUGCUUGAAAGUGUGGGGUAGAGGCUGCAUGAAACUCGUCCCGUACUCAUCCUGGAGAGAGAUGUUUUUAGAACGGCCUCGUGUUCGCUUUGAUGGCGUGUACAUCAGUAAAACCACAUAUAUCCGCCAGGGAGAGCAGUCUCUGGAUGGUUUCUAUAGAGCCUGGCACCAAGUGGAAUACUACAGGUACAUAAGAUUCUUUCCCGAUGGCCAUGUGAUGAUGUUGACAACCCCCGAGGAGCCUCAGUCCAUUGUUCCCCGUUUAAGAACUAGAAACAGCAGAACGGAUGCAGUUUUGCUGGGUCAUUAUCGCUUGUCACAAGAUGCAGACAAUCAGACCAAAGUAUUUGCUGUACUAACUAAGAAAAAAGAAGACAAACCACUUGACUAUAAGUACAGAUAUUUUCGUCGUGUUCCUGUACAAGAAGCAGAUCACAGUUUUCAUGUGGGGCUGCAGCUGUGUUCCAGUGGCCACCAGAGGUUCAACAAACUCAUCUGGAUCCACCACUCUUGUCACGUUACAUACAAAUCAACUGGUGAGACUGCAGUCAGUGCUUUUGAGAUUGACAAGAUGUACACCCCUUUGUUCUUCGCCAGAGUGAGGAGCUACACCGCGUUCUCUGAAAGGCCCCUGUAGAGCCUUGCCAGCAUGCCGCUGCUGCAUGAGCAGAGCCGCGCUCCAGAAUCCCUAAGUUAUAUGUACAUACAUGGAGUUGGAACUAUUUUAAGUUGUUGGAAUUCCUUUAAGAAGAGCAUAAAUUAUUUUUUUUAUUUAAAGGGUAGUUGAUUCCUGGGGUAAUUUGUUUUGAAAUUAGAAGUUGUUAAGUACAUUUAUGUUGUAGUAAACUGUAAUGUGGGGUUUUAAAUCAUGUUUUCAAGCAGGUUUCUGAGCAGAUCUGCCAUGUACACCCGCACACUCGCAUACGUCAGGGAGCACACUGGAUAGUACUUAUUCCCGCAUGACCUGUGUCCUUGAAUCAGACUCAGAAUGUGAAACCUGGUCUGUAUUUGUUUGAAACUGUUCAAUAAAGAUCACAAAUGUUUCUUUCAAGAUG